AUGAACAAUUAAUUAUAAUAAGAAACAUUAAAAGUCUUAUUAGAAGCCUUUAAUUUUUUUGAUUUAGAUCACAGGAAUAAAGCCGAAGGAGAAUUAACAGAUAUUGUAGAGGAAAUUGAAAAAUCUGGAUAAGAUAUUAUCAGUUAAGAUGAUUUUUUAAGUUAUAUGUAUUAAAAAAUCAAUAGUUCUGAUAUGGAAAAAGAUUUGCUUGAAGCUUUUAAAGUUUUUUAUAGAGACGGGAACGGAUUAAUUAAUAAAGAUGAUUUAAAAAUAAUGUUAGAGAGUGUAGGUGAAAAAUUUGAAGAUUAAGAUUAUAAAGAUAUGAUAAAAGAUGUAUGUGGUAAUGAAGAUGGAUAUAUUAAUUAUAAUGAUUUUAUAAAAAUAUUGAAGUAUAAAUGA